AUGCCGCAAAACAACACGACCUCGUCGUCGUCGUCGUUUCUCGGACGACUAGCGACGUCGACUCGGUGAGCCACAAUUUCAGCUUUUUUUUAGGGCAACGUCCAAACAUUUUUUUUUGAAUCCGAUCGGUCAACUGAAAGUGGGCCGGCAAAUGAAUAAUUGAAUUUCAAUUUGAUUUCAGAUCGAGUUUUAUGUCGUCGAAGGAUGUCCGGUGCAACGUUCAUUUAUUGCACGAUUCCGAUAUUAUUGGCAACGAAUUUCCGGUCAGUAUUUUGCGAUGCUUGAGAAGAGCAGAACUUUCGCGUGCGUUUCUGUUUCGCGCUCGCAAUAUUGCGUCAUCGCCGCCGUCCUCUGUGGGCUUUCCCGCUGGAAAUUUUGCGACGCCGUCGGAAGGAUACUGAUUCAUCUUUCCAAGUUUCUCCAAUGUUUUUUGUUGCAGAGAACAGCCCAUGCUCAAACGGUUCUCGACUACGUUUGCGAUCUGAAACACGUCAAAGAGAAGGACUUUCUGGGCCUUCGCUUCCAGGAUCACAACAAACAUCGUGUGGGUUUCGGCUGGAAAUUUUAAAGACAAAUUGCACUUUUUCUGAUCUUUUUUGCUUGCUUUCAUUUGUCCUUAAAUUUUCAGUACUGGAUUGACUUGUCGAGAUCGAUAGGACAUGCUUUGAAAAACUUUAAAAGUAAGUACUUUUAUUUUAAUUGCAACAAAACUCUAGCCAUUUGUUAUACUUUGUAGAGGAUAUCAAAAAAGUCGGCAAAAGUGAGUUUGAGUGUGUAAAAAUUGGUUUUUUUUCUGCAAUUUUUAGAGCAAUAACUAUACUGACGCUACUUUACCCAUUUUAGUCAUCUUGGUUAAUUUUAACGAUUUUUCCCUGAUUUUUCUGCGUAAAUCCGUCUGUCCUAUGUGCUUAUUUCUAAAAAAAAACAACGUUUCAAUGAAAGACUAAAACUGAUUUCUGAAAAAGUUCCAGCCGAAACGAUUACUGUCCAUCUGCGAUUCCGCUACUAUCCGUCCGAGCCGUCACGAAUGAGAGACCCGAAUCUCAGGUUUCUAUUUUAUUUAUUACGGAAUGAUAAUGAUGAUAAAUUGCAGAUACCAACUGUUCGUGCAACUGCAACGAGACCUGCUGCACGGCCGUCUCUAUUGUCCGACGACUUCGGCCGCCGAACUGGCCGCCCUCAUUCUGCAGACCCAGCUGGGCGAUUACGACGAGAAAAAGCAUCAAGGCGACUACGUGAGCCAGUACAAACUGCUGCUCAAGCAGACGCCCAAACUCGAGGAGCGCAUCGCCGUCAUUCACAAGGAGUUGAAGUGCGUCUAAAAAAAAAAAUGUUUCAAAGGUUUUACGAGGCCUGGACUUUUGACUCACUUGUAUUAAUCGGAUCUGGUCCUCACUUUGCAGGCUUUUUGAACUUGGAUAGAAGUAUCUUGGGUCCAAGUUUCAGACCGGUCGGAUCAUCUGGCUCCGAGAUAUGUGGAUCAUUGGCCGAAAGGCCGCAAUUUCACAUAUGUAUCUCGGGAUCAGAUGGUCCGAUCGGGCUGAAACUUGGACCCAAGAUACUGCAAUCCAAGUCCAAGAAGAUUGCAAAGUUUGGACCAGAUCGGAUAAUUGCAAACGGGGGGGCGAGGGAAAAGCGAUUUGCGCGCCAAAAGAGAGAGAGACGCAUGCUAAUCGUUUCUCUCUUUGGCCCCUGUUUUCUUUUCCGGUUGAACCGCAAACUCGCCCAAUUUUCAGAGGAAAAUCGAGCGCCGACGCCGAAUUGGAAUUUCUGGAGAAGGCGAGCCAGCUCGACACGUACGCAUUCGAUCCAUACACCAUCAAGGUACGAAAAACGCUUAUAAAAUAGUAAAAACAUUGAGAGGAGCGGAAGCAGCGCCGAUAGUAACAAAAUUGUCGAAAUUGGAAAUUGCAGGACACGUCGGACCCGGCGAAUCCGGUGUAUCUGGGCGCCUCGUGCAAGGGAAUCCUCAUCUACGCGGGCCAAUCGAGAGUGCAUCACAUCGACUGGCACGAACUGCAAAAAGUCGACUAUUCUGGAAGGGAGCUGAGAAUGAGCCUGUCGGAGGACUAUCACGGAGCCGCGCAGAACGGAACUGCCGCCCCCGCGUCGCCAAUCUCCGGAUCCAGCGGAACGGACAAGUAUAACACACUCUCGGUACGCUUUUUUUCGCGGGGAAAUUUGGAAGAGUUCUCACGAUUCCUCGGGCAAAAUUGUAGUUUUUCGAACCCGAAAUUUUCUUAAUGGAAAAGAUUUGAAACCGAAUUUUUCUUGUUGUCUGUUUAUUUCAUUUCUGAAACGGAAACAGUUGUGACGGAGAAAUUGAGAAAUGAACGUGUGAACUUUCAAACGGUUAUGAGAGAAAGAAACAAGCGGCGAAGCGGGCGGGCUCAGGUUCAAAAAGUCGUGUUGAUCAAGAAUUUUAAUGAAACUGUAAUAACAAGUGCAUUUAUUUUUGCAGAAGAAGCCGCUGACGCUCAAAUACCAGUGCCCUUCGAAUCAGUUUGCCAAGCAUUUGUGGAUCCACAUCCUCUCGCAGCAGGCGUUCUUCAAUGAGACCUCGGCCGAGAAUGUCAAAUUGAAAUUCUCCAAGUACGUGUUUUUGGCGGGAAAAUCGGUCGGCCUUUUGUACUUUUGACCUACUUGUAAUAUUCCGAUCGGACCCAAACAUUGCAGACUUCUUGUACUUGGAUUGAAGUAUAUUGGGUCCACGUUUCAGACCGAUCCGAUUAUUCACUCUUGAGUUAUAGUUAGGGGGCGCAACAAAGGGGGCGUGGCCUGCCGAAUUUUCUCCCCGGUCGCGCCGCGCAUGUUUGAGGGCCUGUACCGAGGUCCCCAAACCAAGUACCAUAUUCAAAAAGGUUUACUUUAUGUAAUCGGCCAUGCUGAAUCAAAUGAACAGCUCCGUUUUCCAUGAAAACGCACAGUUUUCUCAAAAAAAGGAGAAAACGAAAAUGGAAGUUAGUCUGAGAGCCACUGUGGCCGGAGUUUGUGCAACACGCGGCUUCUGAGAAGUGAUUCUGACAGUUUAAGGGAUGGGGAAUCCGUUUUUGAAAUAAAAUUCAAAUUUCGUUCCGGCAAACAUUGUUUUUCAGACCGUCAAAGUGCCAAAAAAGUUAGCGAAAAAUUUUCAGCGAUGACCCCACUUUUUUAUGUUUGGAAUGCAUAGAUAAACUCUCUGAGAACCCAAAUAUAAAAUUUCAGAGCUCUAGACCCCCUAGGAGAAAUUUUGUGUUCGAUUGAGUAGACCCCAUUCGGCCGAAUUUCUUGUUUUUCGAUAAUUUGAAGGUCGGAAACAGCCAACACGCGGCUUUUCUCCACGGAAUCGGAUUCAGCGUAAAAUUCUCUACAAAAUCCAUCUAUUUAUUCAAAAUUUCAGCCCGGCAAACAUCUUCAAAUUUUCACAUUUUUGCGCUGAAAUUCCGCAAAAGUCGUAUCAAAAAUGAAUGGCGAACACCGAGCUUCUCAUUGCCAUUGGCGUUCGCCGCGCCUCUGCCCGGUUGGCGCAGUGGCAGAGUGCUCACUCGGCAGUCUGGAGGUGUCGGGUUCGAAACUUUUGAUCUCGAAAGUUGUUUUGCUUUCUUAAAACAUCAAUUCUGACCACUUAAUAUGUUGCCUCUUUGGUGUUUUCCAACAAACUGCGACACGAAUCGCCCGCCAGCGAGACUCCGCCGUCUCCUCGACCGCCGACCGGGGAGAAAACAGGGCAACUUUGAAGGGGUAUAACUCGGGAUGUACCGAAAAUUUUUGAAAAAAAAAUUGGGAGUGUACUCAUAUAGAGUAGGGGAACACAUUCCAACAAGAAUUUUAUGGAAAUUCGGAGUUUUGCGAAACCCGUUGCGGUACCUAGUUAUAGUGCUUCAAAGCCGAGUUUGGCCGGAAAGCCCGGGCAUCUGAUGCUAUUUUUUCUGAUUUUCUGAUUUGCUCCAAUUUUCCUUCAAAAAAUCUGAAAAUUUGCAGACCGCGCAUUCCACUGCUCUCCCGUGGCUCCACCUUCCGCUUCCCGUCCAAACGAGUGUACAAACAGAUCGAGGAGGACGAGUCGAACGGAAUUCACUUUGAAAAAUCACUUUUGGACACUUCGUGCGGAGUCCUCAACGAGACAACCGUCACUUCGAACGAAGAGCAAGACGAGUCGCUGCUCGACAGGUUUUCGCUUUUGGUUUUUGAAAAUAGAAAAAACCCGCAAAAAAAAUGCAAAUCCAUCGCUUUUGGCUCGUUCAAGGCUGUCAAAAACAGGGCCGCGGUGACAAAUUUCGGGCCGUCUCUUCCAAAAUCGACUGAGCAUAUGAAAAUGACUCACAGGAAAGCCGGGUCGCCGUGCACCGUGCGCUCGACAUCCAGUCUUUACAAAAUGUGGCGGCCGGCCGCCUGACAGUCUUGGUUUACUUAUUGAAAUGUUCGCUAAUGGGGCUAUUCAGACUGUGAAAAAAAUGAUUGUUUUCCGUUUUUUUCGUUUUUUUACGUCAAAAAAUCCAAUUCAGCGAUGUAAAAAAACGAAAAAAACGGAAAACAAACAUACGCUGAAUAGCCCCAUAAUGAUUCGAAAAUGCGAAUAAAAUCAGUUACUUUCAAAGUUUUGCAGCUCUGCCAUCAGUGCUCCGCUCACAGUGCGCUCUACUUCUGUCGAAUCGCAAGUGGUCCGCUACGAAUUGCCACGCCAGGAGCCACGUGUCGAGCAGCCGUGGCUCAAGAACGGAAAACACGCGAACGGCACGCACUUCGAGAUGACCGGUACUUGUUUUUGUUUGGGAAUUGUUUAGAAUUUUUAACAAUUGCAGCAAACGCUGUAAUGUUUAAUUGUUUCAGACUUGCAACGGGCCGGGCCGGGCCGGGCCGGGCCAAAAAUGGAAAUUUUCCGGCCCGGCCCGGCCCGCGGCCCGGCCCGGCCCGGCCCAGCCCGGCCCGGCCCGGUCGGCCCGGGAGGAUGCACCUAAAAAUUCAAAGCGAACUAGAACUUCGAAACGAACAUAAUUUUAUAGACUUAAAAUUUUAUAGACUUAAAAAGGCAAUGUUAUAGCAUAAAAACCUGUUAAAAAAUAGAAAUUGCUGUUUAAAGUCGCAAAAUUUUCACAAAAAUUACGAAAAUUUUUCUCAAGAGUGGGCGGAGCCGGGCCGACCGGGCCGGGCCGGGCCGACGAUUUGCUGGCCCGGCCCGGCCCGGCCCGAGCGGGUCGGGCCGGGCCGGGCCAAAACCGGGCCGGGCCGGGCCGGCCCGGCGGGCCGGCCCGGGAUUUGGCAAGUCUGAAUUGUUUAAUUGAAAAUUAUUCUAGUUUUAGUGAAACCGGAAUUUCUCUGUGUUCCACAGGAUUUUCAAAAAAUACGAACCCGAGUAAAUGAGAAUCGAAAAUAAUGUUUGGAAAAUGUACAGGGGUGGGCGAGUUUACGGUUCAAUCGGAAAAAACACAGGGUGCGAGAGAGAAGCGAUCAGCGUGCGAAAAUGCAGAGACGCAGGCGCGAGACAGUUUUGUUGUUAGGAGGCUCGACGUCGAGCCAGAACCCGUCACAAUAUGAUUUUUCGAAAAUCUGAUCAGGGGUAGACUCCGUUGUUUUUGUUUGUUGUCUCGCGCCUGCGUCUUUGCCGUCUUUGCCGCUAAUCGUAAGCAAUUUUUCAAUUAACGGCAACCGAAUCGCUCCUUAAAAAUUUUGAAAACAAGUGUUCAGAGAUCGGCUCGACGAUUUCGAGUCCGAGAAGCGAGAAUCACAACAACAACAGGACGAAACUCACCAAUUUGAACAUUUCUUUCGACGGAGAAGGUGAGCGACUUUGGAGAAAUUUUUUUGACGCAUUUCCAUCGAAUUAAAGAAUUUUUUCCUGACUGAUUUCGAAAUAAACUCAAUUCGCCGCUCUUCAAAAAUAACUGUAUUUUUUCUAUUUUUCUGGGCGCCGAUUGGCGACGCGACGACAAUUUUCGAACAUGUUCCGGAGUGUAUAAUUUUGUGUCAGCAGUCAGAGUCGACGAUAGAGUGUGUGAUGCGAGAGGCGCAGAAGGCGACGCAAAAUUGCGUACACCGCAACGUGCUCGAGAAUCUCCAUCUCUUAUUCUGAACUUCAACUCGAAUCUUACUGCUUUUUAAAUGGAUUUUUUCAGUCGCCUCCUCGCUCAUCUCCUCGCUUUCCGGCUCUUCGUCGCCGCUGAGCCCGACGGACCCCGUCAAAAUUGUGCAAUCGCAUCUGAAUAAUGCGGACCACAAUUCGGUUGGUUUUUCAGAUUUUUCAUGGGAUUUUUGUAGGUCGCACAAUUUUUGCUCACAAAAAUGCAUGCUUCUUCUCUAACACUCUCUCUCUCUCUCACUUUUCCACAUUUUUCCUUUGUACGUUUCGAAAUUAUCGAAAAAAAAAUGUGAAUAUUGUAAAUUUGCCGCCUUGUCCCGGAUGUUUGCCGAGCCCAUUUACAGACGAGUUUCACGGUGCAUUUGAUCAAACGCGAAGAAGUUGCGACGUCGUCAUCGGGAGCAUCUCAGGUACGGUAACUUUGGAGAAGAGUUUUAUUGAGAUGCUCGGAUUUUAUUGCGGAUUCUUCUAACCCCUUUUCCACCUAUUUUUGUCUCAUUUCACCCGAAUGCUCUGCUUGCUUGCAUGCUUUUUUGUUUCUCGAAAUUGUUUAGGAGAAAUGGAGAACUUUAGCAGAAAACAGCUGAAAUUCAGAGAGCAUCGCGAAAUGAAACUGACACAGAAUAUACAGUGGGAGCUCCAUUUCGUGAUGCUCUCGAAAAUCACGCAAUCGCGACCAAUCUUGACGCUCUUGCGCUUGAAAAACUCGUCUUGACCUACUAUUCCUUUCUUCGGCAUUUCUCACCGCAUUUCAGACGGAAUUCUCGCGAGCCCAAGUUUUGGAGCACGAAUUCAACGAGCUCGUGAAAGAGCACGAAGUGAUGGAGUUGGGACGUCCGCUGGCGUCGAGUACUCCCCGAUCGGCAAAGGUCUCGACACGAAAACGCGUCUUUUUGCCUUUUUGUAGUGAUUUGGUGGUGGUGGUGGUGGUUUUGUGUUGUGUUCGCUUCAAUCGUUCUAUUCUUCAAAUUUAUGUGGAAAAUUCACCUUUUUCUAAGUUUCGCGGGGCUCAGUUUAGUGCGCUGAACUUAUGAAAGAACAUUUCAGCAGAAUUUGUUCGUGAAAAAUGGAAACGGAAAAGUGGCAAAUGGAGGCGGAAAUGAGAAAAAGGUGAGCGAACAAAUUGCAACUUGAAUGAACUUUUUACUAUAGUUCGGAAUUGGUUUUGCCUUAAAUUUGAACGCGUCAAGAGUCGAAUUCAAAAACGAAUGCAAAUUUUGCAGACGAUUCAAUCGAACGGACACACAAUUUGCACGGAAGAAAAACAGGAUUCGCUGAUCGAAACGGCGGCUCCGGUGGCCCGGAAAAGUGCAUUUUCGCGGGUCGUCAACACAUUUUUCGUCUUUUUCCUCCUUCUUCUUCUCACUCUCGCACUCGUCAUCUGCCUUUUUGAGGUGAGCAUCGUUUAUUGUGAAAGUCUUUGAAAGAAAUAAAGCAAUUUGCAGAAAUCCGAAGGCUCCGCUCACCACGAAUUCAUCGAAAGCCACCGCGCUCUAUCGGACCUCCGUCACCAUUAUUACGAGCCGGCGCGCCAUCACGUAAUCGGACAAUAUCGCAAAUAUUUUGGAGGAGCCAAAAUUUGA